CCCGCCCCGCCUCUACCGGCCCCCCACCCACGUCGCAACACACGCGUCGAGAAACAAGAGAGACCGACAAGCUCGUCGUCAUCAACCCACAUUCCCCCUUCGUCAUCCACCACCACCACCACAACCACUACUAGACGUCAAUCGACACGCACUGUGAGUACCACUUUUCAGCCUCUCUCCCGCACCCCCUCCUCCCACCUGACCACUCUCUCUCUCCUUCCCUGUCCUCGCCUCGCCCCCAACACCUUUCACCUUCCUUUGCGCCGACCCACCGUUACGCCGUACCACCGACGACCACACACCGCGCCAUCCGCUGCUGCUCUCGCCAUGCCUACCUGCUGCCUACCUACCUGCCUACCUGCUACACACUGCUCCUACCGCGCGUGGCUGCUACUUGCCGUGUGAACGUGACCCACUGACAGAGUCGUCGCACACACACACACAAACAAAACUCACACUCUCGUCAACAAUCCAUUGUCGCCCGCUCGCCCGCCUGUGCUCGCCUGACAACAAUGUCCGACGCGCCCGCAGCUACAAAGCGCCCGGCCUCGCCUCUUCCCGACAACACCGCCAAGCGUGCGCGCGAGGAGUCUUCCCCUUCCAAGGACGUCAAGCCCAAGAUCUCUGACAAGAAGAUGGAUGAUGCCAACCACCCGACCGAGAGCACCGGCGAGGCCGGACCUUCCUCCGGCGCCACCAUUUCGGCCCCUCCCACCUCGAUCCCCUCGACCCCGGCCAAGCCUGGAGACCCCCCUGCGCAGCAGAUUUCGAUGCGCGCCUUGAUCGUCACCCAGGAUGCCAGCGUCAUCAUCGGUCGUGCGGGCGCACAUGUCAACGAGAUCAGGGAGAAGUCGGGAGCUCGUGUGACCAUCUCAGAGUCUAUCCCUGGCAACCCCGAGCGGAUACUCAACGUGUUUGGCCCCCUGGACGCUGUUAGCAAGGCAUUUGGUCUUAUUGUUCGCCGCAUCAACGACGAGCCGUUUGACGUCGCAUCUGUUCCCGGAUCCCGAGCUGUUACCAUCAAGUUUAUCAUUCCCAACUCUCGCAUGGGUAGCGUUAUUGGCAAGGGUGGUGCCAAGAUCAAGGAGAUUCAGGAGGCCUCUGGUGCCCGUCUCAACGCGAGCGAGGUGAUGCUCCCUGGGUCGACUGAGCGUAUCCUCUCCGUUUCAGGUGUUGCCGACGCUGUUCACAUUGCCGUCUACUACAUCGGCACGAUCCUCCUCGAGUACCAGGAGCGCAACCCAGGCCCCUCGAGUCAUGCCGGCGCGUACCGCCAGCAGGCCCCCGCUCCUUAUCAGGCAGCUCCCCCAUCGGCACCGGUCGGCGGUGGUGGCGGCGGGGGAGGAGGUGGUGGUGGUGGUGGCGGCGGUGGUGGUGGUGGACAGGCCCCCGCCCCUCCGCCUGGUAGCCAGACGCAGCAGAUCUUCAUCCCCAAUUCGCUUGUUGGCGCUAUCAUUGGCAAGGCUGGUGUCAAGAUCAACGAGAUUCGCUCCCAAUCUCAAUGUCAGAUUCGGGUUACCGAGCCCGGUACCGCUCCCGGUCCUGGCCAGGUCGCCAACCCGGACGAGCGCCUUGUGACUAUUACUGGGCAGCCCAACAACAUCAACAUUGCUGUCCAGAUGCUGUACCACCGCCUCGAGGCUGAGAAGGCCAAGGCUGCGGGGGAGCACCAGCAGGGAGGCUUCUAGGUGUACAGCCGUGUACUACAACUAUGAGAGAGUCGGGAAAUUUGGAGUGAAGAGAGAUUACAUCAGAUGGAUGGUCCUUGGGCAGCGUGUGCCCUUGGAGUCGGCGCGUAGUAGUCAAGUACGGCGACACUGUAGACUUGCGAGGUUAAUAUGCGGGG